UCAGACGUGCCCGGUGCGUGAUGACGUCACGAGGCGCCGGCGUUACUAUAAGAGCGUAGCCUUGUCGCUGGCGCGCCUCUUUGUCGGUGGCCGGGUCUUGCGCUCAGGCGCAGACGGGUAAGCGGAGCCAACAUGCCGGUGGCCCGGAGCUGGGUUUGUCGCAAAACUUACGUGACCCCGCGGAGACCCUUUGAGAAAUCUCGUCUCGACCAAGAGCUGAAGCUGAUCGGCGAGUAUGGGCUCCGGAACAAACGUGAGGUCUGGAGGGUCAAAUUUACCCUGGCCAAGAUCCGCAAGGCCGCCCGGGAACUGCUGACGCUUGAUGAGAAGGACCCACGGCGUCUGUUCGAAGGCAACGCCCUGCUGCGGCGGCUGGUCCGCAUUGGGGUGCUGGAUGAGGGCAAGAUGAAGCUGGAUUACAUCCUGGGCCUGAAGAUCGAGGAUUUCUUAGAGAGACGCCUGCAGACCCAGGUCUUCAAGCUGGGCUUGGCCAAGUCCAUCCACCAUGCUCGCGUGCUGAUCCGCCAGCGCCAUAUCAGUCCGCUUCACUUUGUCGCCUCUUCCAGGGUCCGCAAGCAGGUGGUGAAUAUCCCGUCCUUCAUCGUCCGCCUGGAUUCCCAGAAGCACAUCGACUUCUCCCUGCGCUCUCCCUAUGGGGGUGGCCGCCCGGGCCGCGUGAAGAGGAAGAACGCCAAGAAGGGCCAGGGUGGGGCCGGGGCUGGAGACGACGAGGAGGAGGAUUAAGCCCACCUUUCCCUCCUGGGCUGCUGGAUUGUCUAGUUUUCCUGCCAAAUAAACAGGAUCAGCGCUUUACAA